GCUGGUUGGAGGGACGAGGGGGGUGCGGAGCCAGCCAGGCCGCCCGCCCGUUCCCAUAGCGGCCGAGCAGAGCAGGCUGCCAUGGCGCUGGCCAGGCCUGGGUCCCCGGCCCCCCAGCUCCCGGCCCCCCGGGUCCUGGCCCCUGUCCUGUUGCUGCUGCUGCUCUGGGUCCCUGCCCUCGCCCUCCUGGCUGGGACGGUGCCUUCAGAGCCCCCCAGUGCCUGUGCCUCAGACCCGUGCGCUCCAGGGACCGAGUGCCAGGCUACCGAGAGUGGUGGCUACACCUGUGGGCCCACAGAGCCCCGGGGCUGUGCCACCCAGCCAUGCCACCAUGGCGCUCUGUGUGUGCCCCAGGGUCCAGAUCCUGAUGGCUUCCGCUGCUACUGCGUGCCGGGUUUCCAGGGCCCACGCUGUGAGCUGGACAUCGAUGAAUGUGCAUCUCGGCCGUGCCACCACGGGGCCACCUGCCACAACCUGGCCGAUCGCUAUGAGUGCCAUUGCCCCCUUGGCUAUGCAGGCGUGACCUGCGAGACGGAGGUGGACGAGUGCGCCUCGGCGCCCUGCCUGCAUGGGGGCUCGUGUCUGGACGGCGUGGGCUCCUUCCGCUGUGUGUGCGCGCCGGGCUACGGGGGCGCCCGCUGCCAGCUGGACCUCGAUGAGUGCCAGAGCCAGCCGUGCGCACACGGGGGCACGUGCCACGACCUGGUCAACGGGUUCCGGUGCGACUGCGCGGGCACCGGCUACGAGGGCGCGCACUGCGAGCAGGAGGUGCUGGAGUGCGCAUCGGCGCCCUGCGCGCACAACGCGUCCUGCCUUGAGGGCCUCGGGAGCUUCCGCUGUCUCUGUUGGCCAGGCUACAGUGGUGAGCGAUGCGAAGUGGACGAGGACGAGUGUGCAGCGAGCCCCUGCCAGCACGGGGGCCAGUGCCUGCAGCGCUCCGACCCGGCCCUCUACGGGGGCGUCCAGCCUGCCUUCCCUGGUGUCUUCAGCUUCCGCCACGCGGUGGGCUUCCUCUGCCUCUGCCCUCCUGGCUUUGAGGGAGCUGACUGCAGCGUGGAGGUGGACGAAUGUGCCUCACAGCCAUGCCUCAAUGGGGGCCGCUGCCAGGACCUGCCCAAUGGCUUCCAGUGUCACUGCCCAGAUGGCUAUGCAGGGCUGACAUGUCAGGAAGAUGUGGAUGAAUGCCUGUCGGAUCCCUGCCUCCAUGGUGGAACCUGCAGUGACACUGUGGCAGGCUAUAUCUGCUGGUGCCCAAAGACCUGGGGUGGGCGCGACUGUUCUGUGCAGCUCACUGGCUGCCAGGACCACACCUGCCCGCUGGCUGCCACCUGCAUCCCUAUCUUUGAGUCUGGGGUCCACAGUUAUGUCUGCAACUGCCCACCUGGUACCCAUGGACCUUUCUGUGGCCAGAAUACCACCUUCUCUGUGAUGGCUGGGAGCCUCAUUCAGGCAUCCGUGCCAGCUGGUGGCCCUCUGGGUCUGGCACUGAGGUUUCGCACCACGCUGCCCGCUGGGACCUUGGCCACUCGCAAUGACACCAAGGAAAGCUUGGAACUGGCAUUGGUGGCAGCCACACUUCAGGCGACACUCUGGAGCCACGGCACCACUGUGCUUGUCCUGAGACUGCCAGACCUGGCCCUAAACGAUGGCCAUUGGCACCAGGUGGAGGUGGCGCUCCGCCCAGGGACCCUGGAGCUGCGGCUCUGGCAUGAGGGCUGCCCUGCUCGGCUCUGUGUGGCCUCUGCUCCCGUGGCCCUGGCUCCCACGGCUUCGGCAACCCCGCUGCCUGCCAGGAUCUCCUCUGCCCGGCUGGGGGACGUGGCAUUUGCAGGCUGCCUCCAGGACGUGCGUGUGGAUGGGCACCUCCUGCUGCCUGAGGACCUUGGCGAGAACGUCCUCCUGGGCUGCAAGCGCCGAGAGCAGUGCCAGCCUUUGCCUUGUGUCCACGGAGGGGCCUGUGUGGAUCUGUGGACUCAUUUCCGUUGCGACUGUCCACGGCCCUAUAGGGGUCCCACAUGUGCUGAUGAGAUUCCCGCUGCCACCUUUGGCUUGGGAGGCACCCCGAGCUCUGCCUCCUUUCUCCUCCAAGAGCUGCCAGGCCCCAACCUCACAGUGUCUUUCCUUCUCCGCACCCGGGAGCCUGCUGGCCUGUUGCUCCAGUUUGCCAAUGACUCCACAGCUGGCCUGACAGUAUUCCUGAGUGAGGGUCGGAUCCAGGCCGAGGUGCCAGGCAGUCCUGCUGUAGUGCUCCCUGGGCGCUGGGAUGAUGGGCUCCGCCACCUGGUGACGCUCAGCUUCGGGCCUGACCAGCUGCAGGACCUGGGGCAGCAGGUGCAUGUGGGUGGGAGGCUCCUCACUGCUGACAGCCAACCCUGGGGUGGGCCCUUCAGAGGCUGCCUCCAGGACCUGCAACUCGAUGGCCACCGCCUCCCCUUCCUUCCUCUGCCACUGGACAACUUAAGCCAGCCCAGUGAGCUCGGUGGCAGGCAGUACUGGAACCUCACUGCGGGCUGCGUCUCUGAGGACACGUGCAGUCCUGACCCCUGUUUCAAUGGUGGCACUUGCCUCGUCACCUGGAAUGACUUCCACUGUACCUGCCCUGCCAACUUCACAGGGCCCACGUGUGCCCAGCAGCUGUGGUGUCCCGGCCAGCCCUGUCUCCCGCCUGCCACGUGUGAGGAGGUCCCCGAUGGCUUUGUGUGUGUGGCCCAGACCACGUUCCGGGAGGGUCCCCCCGCCAUGUUCAGCGGGCACAACGCAUCGUCGGGGCACUCGCUCGGCGGCCUGUCGCUGGCCUUCCGCACGCGCGACCCCGAAGCCUGGCUGCUGCGCGCCGCAGCCGGCAACACGUCUGGAGUGUGGCUGGCGGUGCGCAACGGCUCGCUGGUGGGCGGCGUGCGUGGAGGCCGCGGCCUGCCCGGCGCUGUGCUGCCCAUGCCUGGGCUGCGCGUGGCUGAUGGCGCUUGGCACCGCGUGCACCUGGCCAUGGAGCGCCCGGCGGCCACUGCCUCGCCCUGGCUGCUGUGGCUGGACGGCGCUGCCACGCCGGUAGCACUGCGCGGCCUGGCCGGCGACCUGGGCUUCUUGCAGGGUCCAGGUGCCACACGCGUCCUGCUGGCCGAGAACUUCACCGGCUGCUUGGGCCGCGUGGCGCUGGGUGGCUUCCCCUUGCCCUUGGCGCGGCCCCGGCCAGGCGCGGCCCCCGGAGCCCGAGAGCACUUCAUGGCCUGGCCUGGGGCGCCAGCCCCGAUCCUCGGCUGCCGCGGCGCGCCGGUGUGUGCGCCCUCGCCCUGCCUGCACGGCGGCGCCUGCCGCGACCUCUUCGACGCCUUCGCCUGCGCCUGUGGCCCGGGCUGGGAGGGCCCUCGCUGCGAGGCCCAUGUCGACCCCUGUCACUCGGCGCCCUGCGCCCGUGGCCGCUGUCACACGCACUCUGACGGCCGUUUCGAGUGCCUCUGCCCGCCCGGCUUCGGGGGCCCGCGCUGCAGGUUGCCUGUCCCACCCAAGGAGUGCAACCUGAACGUCACCUGCCUCAACAGCAGCCGGUGUGAGGGUGGGUCUCCUGCUGCCAACUGCAGCUGCCUGGAGGGUCUUGCUGACCAGAGGUGUCGGGUCCCACCCCUUCCCUGUGAAGCCAGCCCCUGCUUGAAUGGGGGCACCUGCCGAGCAGCUGGAGGGGCAUCUGAAUGUAUCUGCAGCGCCAGGUUCUCUGGCCGGUUCUGUGAAGUGGUGAAAGGCCUGCCCCUGCCACUGCCAUUCCCGCUGCUGGAGGUGGCUGUGCCUGCAGCCUGUGCCUGCCUCCUCCUCCUCCUCCUGGGCCUCCUUUCAGGGAUCCUUGCAGCCCGAAAGCGCCGCCAGUCCGAGGGCACCUAUAGCCCAAGCCAGCAGGAAGUGGCCGGGGCCCGUCUGGAGAUGGACAGUGUCCUCAAGGUGCCACCAGAGGAGAGACUCAUCUAGGCCAGCCUGGCGGCCAGUGCCAGCACCAGCACCUGGAGGUCCUGGAUGGCUUCUACCAGGAGACCCAAGGAAGCUGCUUCCAGGGCCCAGGACAUUGCUACAGAGCCUCCGCCUCUGCCCCAUCCUGAAUGGAGGACAAGCAGAGCAACUCAGGGAAGCAGAGGCCUAGAGAGGCCGUGGACUCCUCCCUCCCACCCAUGGGGUGCUGCCUCGGCAGGUGUACGGCUGUGUGGGAGGGCACACGUGGGUGCACAGUGUGUUCAGGAGUGUGUGAGUGUGUGCGUGUAUCUGGAGGAGUGUGUACCUGGGCACGUGUUUGUCUGCAGAUGCUAGUGUGCAUCCUGACAGGGCUCCAGGGCAUGUCUGCUGCUUUUGCUGUGUGUCCAUGACUGUGUGAUUGGCGUAGCUGGUCCCAGGUGGAGGCGGCUGCAGCAUGGGGACAGCCAUUCCAGCCCCGGGGCAGGGGCAGCCAAGGCUGCACAUUCUCUAGGAAGCCAGGCCAGGGCUCCAGCCUCUUCCCCCGGCUCUGGGAGCUGCUCCUGCCAUGGAGGCAGGUGGAAGGUCAGGGAGGCCAUAAGCAGAGGCCGAUUGGGCUUCUGGCUCCUAGAACAAAUGUCCCCUCAGGCAGGUGUGUCUGCUAGAGCCAGAGCCAGUUAUGCAAGGGAAGCACAGACCCACUCACCCCCUUGGCCAGGGCAGUGCAAAGGAGCAGAGGAGGGGCUGCCCUGAGCUUCCCACCCUGCUGUGGUCAUUUGUGACAUGAGGAAGAAGCCACCCCCCUGCCUACCUCACAGGGCUGCUGUGAGGAUCAGAGAGGACGGCAAUGGGGAAAGAAUGGACAUUGUCCCUCCCGUCUGAUGGGAGGGACCUCCGGGUGUCUGUUUAGGUGUCUAAAGUGUCAUCUCCCUGGCCAGAGUUGCGGGAAAGAGUGGAUAAGGGGCCUACUUGGGGUUUGGCAAGAAGGCCGGAGGGGCUUAAGAAUGACGGAGCAACCCUUUUUCCCCAAGCAAGCCCCCCCAGCUCACCCGCCCACCUCUGGUUCUCCAGCUCUGGUCCUCCCUAGUGGCCUGGCGAGCUUACUCCUUCCUGUGAUGACUGACUGACUGCCUCUACACAGAUUCUGGGAGAGGACUCAAAGGAAACCCUCUGGAUUGUCUGCCGAGUAGAGGAGCUCAGCAAACACUGGCGCUGCCCCUGUGUCGGGGCUGGGCCUGCAGAGGCAGACUCAGAGGAGACUCUGCUGCUUGCUCCCAGCCCCUUCCCUGGCAAUGCCCAUCACACCGUGACCUCUGAUCCCAGAAGGGCACCUGCCUGAGGGCCUGGCCGCCUUCCAGUCUCAUGGACCUGGAGAUGUGCCCCUUCGUCCUUCCUGCUUCCCAGGCAGGAGAUCCGUUUACACUUUUGGGUCAACAGUCAGCUUUUCCUUUCAGUUUCAGCUGGUCCCAGAGGCAUGGGUGUCCAAGGUGGGGCCACGUGACCACUUGGGGGCACUGGGACAUGGGACUGGGGAGUCAGGAGGCUGGGAUGGAGAGGGGCUUGCCUGGUCUUUAUCCCUGUAGGAGGUGGGACCGCCUUUCCCUGAACAUUCUCUACUACCCUUGGGAACGUGCGGAGGAAGCACCCGUUUCCGUCGCCUCAGCUGGUUCCUGGGUCAGUUAUUGAGUCAGGGAUUUGGAAAACCUGUGUCAGCUGCAACUCCUAGGACAUGUAAUGUGGCGGUCCACCAUGCAGAUGAAAGCCAGCUGCCCCUGUCCCCUUCCUGGCUCCUAUGGGUUCGGGUGCCUGUCGUUUUCAAGGGCAGUCCUGUUGAAGAGGAAGGUGGUCAGAUGAUGGGCAAGUGAGGGGAGGUGUGAGACUGGGUGUGUUCAGCAUUUACUGUGGGUGGUCGACUGCUCCACAUCCCCCCCUCCAAACAAACACCAGCAUUCAACAGAGGCACAUUCCCAGGCUGUGCUCUUGCUAACGAGACCUGUGGAGUGACUGGCCGGGUGUCCCCUAGAAGUCUUUCCUGGCUCCUGGGUGCUCUCAACACCAUUGCAGGCCUGCAGCCUGUUACGUGGCCCCAGCAGGGCUGAGCAGGCCUGUUGCCAGCCCAACCCCAUGCCUGGUCUGUGAGGGGCAGGGCAUGAGCUGGCUUAGAGCCUCGAGUGGGCGCUGGGAGUUGGCUCCUUCCCUAACUAACUGCUCCGCGCCUGCCCCCCGCCUCUACGGGAGUGGGUGGUGAAGAUGGCUCAGGGCCCAUGUGGGGCCUUCCCUCCCCAAGAGCUUGAAGGACACGGGGAUGCCAGCCUUUCCCCAAGAUGAUUUUAUUGAAUGCACACACAAAGUUCAUCCUUGGGUUUGCAAAGUCAGUCCCACAAGUGAAGAGAGCAGUGCUUGUGUGAACAUGGGGCACUCACCCUCAG